AUGGUCUGGGCACCUCACUUCUACUUUAAAACAUCGUCAAAACUCGACAAUAGCUACGGUAUAGGGGAUCCUAACAAGGUUCAACUGGCGCUCAAAACGUGCGAUGGAAAUUUUGAAGGACGAACUUUCGAAUACUCUGCCACCAUGUUAGAUACCGCGGUUACCAAAUAUAUGGCUCUGCCUCAAAAUAUUCCCUAG